UCAAACCAUCUUUAAAUUGGGUCACACAGUUUGUCUGUCCGUGCGCCCAUUGGCUGGGGAAACAGAGCACGGAGUGAGGUGACCACAUUCGCGCUGUUUGUGGUUCAGUCUUGAACUGUUAUAAACUCAGCUCACAACAAAACCCGGGCUCGAGUGGAUUGUCGAGAGAGAGAGAGAGAGAGAGAAAGCAGCUCCGGAAAUAACCUCAUCUGCAGCAGCAGCAGCAGCAGCAACAGCUUAAUCUAGGGACCACCUCAUGAACCGUUCCUGCUUCCCAACCUACCACCUUCUGGCCAAUCCUCGGAUCACCAGCCUCUAUUGACGGGCAGAAAGAUUUUGUCCGAGAUUUCCCUUGUAUCACCUCCUCCCCAUUCCGUGGUGGCUGGGUGUGUGUGCGUUAGUGAGUGCAGGAACAAGAGAGACUCGAGGCACAGCAUGGCCUGGCCAACAAGCCACCUCCGUGACUAGAAGAUCCGUCUGGACAAAAAAAAUGCUGAGAACAUCCAUCCAGGAUACUACAAACUCCGAGGAACAAAUGAGUCCCUACAGCCCACAAAGGCAACUGUGCAAUGGAGGAUAUCGCCGGCCUUGGCAGGAGGAGAACCAGGGCAAGCCAGCGACUCCAGCUAAACUCAGUCUGUUCGACAAGCUGCUGCUGUCCCACCAGGUUUGGCUGCAGCUGGGAGUCGACCCGGAGCAAGUCAAGGAGAUCCUUAGAUGCCAGCCCGCCGGGGCAUUUUUGGUUUGGAGUAAUAAUGGUGGGAAGCAUAAGAUACUGACAGUUCGCCUGGACCACCAGACUUGUGAGACAGAGGACUUUAUUGUCAAAGAAAAUGGUUCAGUUUAUUACCUGGAACAUUCCUACCUGGGAUUCACCAGCAUCUUCCAGCUGAUUGGCUACUACUGUGUUAGCAGGGAUGUCCUGCCCUCUCGGCUGCUGCUGCCAUUUGCCAUCCUAUGCUCGACCGACAAGGAGGAACUGGAGAGGAUCUCGGUACUCGGCAUGCAGUUUUGGGAUCAGCCGAUGAACCAGCAACAAGGCUCGUGUGGGUCGGCGGUGAUCGAACCCGCGCCGACCACGCAGCUCCUGAAGCAGCAACAGCUGCCUAUGUGCUCCAUCCAGGUGACCGGCGAGAACGGGGCGCUGUUCUUCAUCAACCCGCUCUUCCUGAAGGAACACGGCGACGGCUGGCUGGGCCAGGGCUCUCCCUGCAGCCUCCGGCGAUCCAAGGUAGCCACUAAAUGCAGGAAGCGCUCGGCGGGAGCCGCCAGGGACCCCGGCUCCCCGCACAAGCAGCCGGAGAUCUUAGAGAGGAAUGACAGCGAGAAGUCGGAUUCAGGGAGGAGCGUAGAUGAAGACGAGAUGUUUAAAGUUCCCCACCCUGAGCCUAACCCGGAGCUUCGUUCUACGGUGUUGAGGAGAAAGCUCUUCACCCAGCGAGCGGCCUGGAGCUGGGGAGAGGAUUUGGAAACGGAUACUGGGGAGCGGCGAGAAGAGGCGGCCGAGUCCCUGUGUCCCGGGGAACGGGGAACAGCGAUGGCCAGAGACAGCUCCACAUUGCCCCCUUACUUCCGAGCCUCGUGGGCAGAGACCGGAGCGCCAAGGGGCUCGUCCACGCUCCGCAAGGCUCACUCCGAGACGUCUCUGCUGGCUUGCGACAGCCCCACGCUGCCGCCCAUCUCCGAGCUGGACUCCUUGUCUAUCAGCAGCGUGGAGGAGGAGAGCGGGGGGUCGCUGCUCCUGCCGUCUCGGCACCGCCACAAACGCCACUCGCACGCCCUGACCAACAAGGUGAUGAACCGCCUGUCGGCCGUCAGCCACGCCUUCGGCGGCCUGGUGUCGCCCGACCGUCGCGUCAGGAACAGGAUCGAGGAGCUGGGCCACAACAAGGGCUGCUACUUCGGCAGCCUGGUCCAAGGCUUCGUUUCCUACACCGCGCAGAGCGGCAACAAGCACGCCAGCAGCACCGAGAUGUUGCAGGGAGUCCAACAAAUGAUCACCAGCCUCCGUAACUACCUGACACAGAGCUCCGAGCUCACUCACAUCCUCGACCAGAGCGACCAGGAGGACUGUGACACAGAGAUGUCCAUCCAAAAGGCCCUGCAUAAGUGCGUGCUGAAGCCACUGAGAGACCACAUCUACUCCUGCCUGGCCGACUUCCACAGCAAGGAUGGCUCCCUGAGGAAGCUGACGGAUAACCAGCUGGUUCUGCAGACCCAGAGUUUGGCCCAGCUGGGUGUGAUGGCCAGCGUGCCCGAUGCCCCAGCCCUGGAGAAGAUCCAGCAGCGGCUAAGCGCCAUGCACCUGGCCUACUCACCCUUCAAGAAAGUGGCACAACUCCUGAAAGCCUGCAAGCUCAUCUACGAGGCGAUGUCUGCAACAUCAGGGAAGCCCUACGGAGCGGAUGACUUCCUGCCGGUGCUGACCUACGUGCUGGCCACCAGCAACCUGACCCACCUCAGCCUGGACGUGGAGUACAUGAUGGAGCUACUGGACCAGAGCCAGCUUCAGGGAGAAGGGGGAUAUUACUUGACCACCAUGUUUGGCGCUCUGUUCCACAUCAGCACCUUCCAGCCCAAGUUGUUGAGCCGGCAGAUGAGUGAUGAAGCCAAGUCGUCCCUGUACCAGUGGAGGCGGAGGAGAACGCUGCACCACAACCAAUCCCGCCGACGAUCAGCACAGGAUUUGCUGAAGGUUUACCUGCAUGAGCGGGGUGGUAACCAGAUCACCGUGCUGGCACCAUCGCAUGUGACGGUGGUGGAGGUGUGCAAGGCGUGCGCCGAGAGGUUUGAGGUUGCGGACCCCGAGAGCUACGGCCUGUUUGUGGAGCACGGCGGCGUGUACCAGCCGCUGGAGCAAGACGCCUGCCCCCAGCUGGUCAAACAGGAAGCCCAGAAGGACCAGCCCGGCUUUAGUUUCGUCUACAGGGUGACGGGAGGGGGCGAACCGCAGCCGUCUCCACCAGAGGAGGAGUUGACCCCCUUGUGAGAUGUCCCCACCCUGCCCCGUCCCACCCCACACCACCCCUGGACAAAGCCAAGCCACAACCUGGAUAGUCACAGAUUCUUGAUGGGUCGGGUGUCAGGGGUUGUGGGGAGAAGGCAGGAGAAUGGGGUUGGGAGGGAGAGAUAGAUCAGCCUUGGUGAAUGGUGGUGUAGACUUGAUGGGCCGAAUGGCCCAACUCUGCUCCGAGAACAUAUUGAGGCACUGCAAGUCGGAGGAAGCACAGCGGAGGCUGUGGGGCAUAGACCUGGAGCGGCGGCGUCAGACUGGGAACAACAGGAGGCCAUUCGGCCCUCAAGCCGCCUGCUAGCACUCACCUGCUCCACCAAGCUGAGCAACGGCUCGCAUCAUCUGCGUUCCCCACGUUCCAUUUCACACACCAGUAGGUUAGAGUUAUCGAGUUGUACAGCAUGGAAACAGGCCCUUCGGCCCAACUCGUCCAAGAUGCCCCAUCACCAGCCACCAGCUGGCGCUCCUGUAGAGUGUGCAACUCACAAUGCAAGUUCAGUCCUGACCUCCGAUGCUGUCUGUGAGGAGUUUGCAUGACUUUGUGCUGCUGCUUCAGCUACCAACCUAGACAACUUGGUUUACUUAUUCCCCAAGUGCUGGAGUAACACAGCAGGUCAGGCAGCAUCUGUGGAGAACAUGGAUAGGUGACGUUUCACAGAGUGCUGGAGUAACUCAGCGGGUCAGGCAACAUCUGUGGAGAACAUGGAUAGGUGACGUUUCACAGAGUGCUGGAGUAACUCAGCGGAUCAGGCAGCAUCUGUGGAGAACAUGGAUAGGUGACGUUUCACAGAGUGCUGGAGUAACUCAGCGGGUCAGGCAGCAUCUGUGGAGAACAUGGAUAGGUGACGUUUCACAGAGUGCUGGAGUAACUCAGCGGGUCAGGCAGCAUCUGUGGAGAACAUGGAUAGGUGACGUUUUGGGUUGGGACACUUAUUAAGAAAAAGGGGUCGGCCAUUUAGGACUGAGAUGAGGAAAAACCUUUUCAGCCAGAGAGUUGUGAAUCUGUGGAAUUCUCUGCUGCAGAAGGCAGUGGAGGCCGAUUCACUGGAUGUUUUCAAGAUAGAGUUAGAUAGAGCCCUUAGGGCUAAGAGAAUCAAGGGGUGUGGGGAGAAGCGCAGGAACAGUAUACUGAUUGGGGAUAAUCAGCCAUGAUCAUAUUGUAUGGCAGUGCAGACUCGAAAGGGUGAAUGGCCUACUCCUGCACCUAUUUUCUGUGUUUCUUCAGACUACUUUACCUAUGCCCUGUCAGUCAAUGGACAAUUCAUUGAUGCAGGGAGCAAGAGGGGAUUCACACCAAUCUGUGCUAGAGGCCAGACUGUUUGUGCCAAGUGGACAUAUACGGUGACAUACAGCCUUGUACAGCAGAGAAAUACUGGAUGAUGUUUAAAGUGUUACAGAUGCAGCAUUUGUGUAGAAAUGUUCAACUUGCCACAGCCAUACAGAUAAAUUAUAUAUUUUGCUUUUAUAACUUGCUACAUGCAGCACAUUGUAAAGAUUCUUAAAUAAAUGUAAA